AUGCCAUUCCGCUUCCUCCUCGCAGCCAGCCUCGCGCUCGGCGCACAAGCACACAUGUUCAUGUCCUCCCCCGUCCCCAUCGAAGGCAACGCAGUCAAACCACCUCUCGACCCCUCCGGCUCCGACUUCCCCUGCCACGGCGUCCAGCUUCCCGCCACCGGCGGCCAAAAGAUGGCAGCAGGCUCCGAACAGCUUCUUGCUUUUGACCUCGGUGGCGGUGCCAACACUGCCGUCCACGGUGGUGGAUCUUGUCAGCUUGCAAUCACAUACGAGACUGACGCCGCGAAGGUCAAGGACCCGAAGAAUUGGAAGGUCAUUUACUCGAUUCUUGGCGGAUGUCCUACUGACGCGAAGGGGAAUCUCGACCAAGCUAUCGCUUGCACUCAAGCCGGCAACACUGCGUGCGUCAAUCAAUUCCCCUUCAAGAUCCCCAAGGGCGUCAAGGACGGCAACGCUAUUCUUGCAUGGACCUGGUUUAAUACCAUCGGCAACCGCGAGAUGUACAUGAACUGCGCCAACGUCGAAUUCACCGGCGGCGACGGCUCCGAAGUCGACUCAUUCCCGGCAAUGUUCGUCGCUAACCUCGCAAGCAUCGACACCUGCCCAACCACUGAGCAGACCAAUGUCCAGUUCCCUGACCCGGGCAAAUACGUCACCACCAAGACCGAGGGCAGCCCUUACAAACUCGCCCUCCCAACCGGCGCAGGCUGCUCAGGCAAUGGUGGCAGCGGUAGUGGUUCCGGCACUGGCAGCGGCAGCGCUCCAGCUAUCAGUGGCUACGGCGGUAACGGCGCAAUCAGCUCCCCAGCACCCGCCGCACCAACUUCCGCCGCAGCUCCAGCACCCUCCUCCGAGGCCGCUCCAACUUCCGCCCCCGCCCCAGCACCAACAUUAGACACCGCACCAGCACCAGCACCAACGACUACACCAUCCGCACCCUCCACCUCCACCUCCUCCGGCACCUGCCCCUCUGGCGAGCAAUCUUGCUCAACCCCCGGCGAGAUCAUCUGCAUCGACUCAACCCACUUCGGCAUCUGCGACAUUGACGGCUGCGCCGUCAGCCAAGCCGUCGCUCCCGGCACGACGUGCCAGGGCGGCAAGAUUGCGAAGCGUCAUGUCGUCAAGAGGGAGGUUGCAUCGCAUAGACGCAAGCAUGGUCAUUAUCAUUACUAG